AUGUUGAGGGGAGUAGUAGCUCACUGCAAGCGAUUCAUAACUCAUCAAUGGCGACAACAAAUCAAUCCAAAUUAUUCCCUCUUCAUUUCAACUUCAACUGCAUCGUUCUCAUCGAGAAAAUCUUCUUCUCUGCAUAACUACUAUAUCAGGAAAAGAAGAAAAUGGCCGAUCCAGCCAUUCACAACACACCGCUGCGAAAGCUUUGCUGUGAAACUAGCCAAGCAGCUGUUCAAACAAUCAAUCAGAAAAUCCAAAAUCAAUCUCCUUUCCGAUCUCAUCAAAUCCUGCGUCGCCUACGAAAUCGAGCCCACUCCCCAAUCAUACCAUCUUCUCUUCAAAAUAUUGAUUCAGCAGAAACCCUCGAAUUGCCGCGAACAAAUCCGGCAAAUCCUCGACCACAUUGAGAAAGUCGAAACCUUUCAAACACCUGAACGCGUUUUUAUUGAUCUGAUCAACUUUUACGGUGAUAACAGCAUGUUUGAUGAUGCUGUGGAUCUGUUUUUUCGAACACCGAGUUACAGAUGCGACUCGUCUGUCGAAAUUUUGAACGCUUUGCUUUCGAUUCUCUGUCGGGGUAAAAGGGGUGUCGAUAUGGUUCCUCAGAUAUUGAUGAAGACUCAGGCGAUGAAUAUUAGGAUUGAAGAAUCUAGUUUCAGGAUUUUGAUUAGAACCCUCUGCAAAAUUGGGAGUGUGAGCAAUGCUUUAGAGCUGCUGACCCAUAUGGUGGAUGAAGGUUUUGAUUUGGAUCAAAAGAAUUGUUCUUUGAUGCUUGCAACUAUGUGCUGGCAGUUGAAUUGCGACAGUGGUAAAAUCAUGGCAUCUUUUGAGGAUUUGAAAAUGUUAGGGUUUGCACCAAGAAAGAAUGAUUUCUGUAAUUUAAUUAGGUUUUUGAUUGCAAAGGGGAAGGGUAAGGAGGCUUUUGGAUUGUUGAAACAGAUGAAAACGAGUCGACUCAAGCCUGAUAUAAUGUGUUACAAUUUGGUUCUUGAUGGGCUGGUCGAAAAUGGGGAGUUUACGAGUGCAGACAAGGUGUUUGAUGAAUUGCUUGUUCUAGGUUUGGCUCCUGAUAUCUACACCUACAAUGUGUACAUUAAGGGGUUGUGUGUGCAGAAGAAGUUAGAAGAUGGAAUCAAACUGAUGUGUGCUAUGAAAGCGCUGGGCUGCUCGCCCGACUUGUGUACCUAUAGUACGAUUUUACGAGCACUAUGUAAGGCUGGGGAGUUUGAUAGGGUGACAGAGGUGGUGACUGAAAUGCGGCAAAAAUCGAUGCAACUAAAUCCGAAAAUAUAUGAUAUUCUGGUUGAUGGAUUCAUUGCUAACGGUGAUGUAAACGGAGCUCGUUGUUUGUUAGACGAAAUGUUGAACGAAAACUUGGUCCCUCAACAAACGACUCUGGAUAAAGUGACAGGCUGUGAUCCAAGGAUGUUAUCUCAAGUUCAAGAUUGA